AUACAGAUCAUCACAUCUACCAACCGUGCUUACCCCAUAUUUUGAGGCGUUGAAUCAAUUGUGGAAGACAGAUUUUAUGUAGUCUGUAACAAUGAGAUAUGACAAUACGGCAUUGCCUGAAGUUGCCAUAGAAGAUAACCUACGAGAUGUUUGCGCAUCGGCGGAGAAGAAUAACGAGAGGGUCUUCUUGUCUCAUCUAACGAGCUCAACCCAUCACGACUUUGUCAUUCCGACAGACGAAUAAUAUGUUUUAUUGGCAGGCGAUACAGAUCACGACGACUUAUCCCAUUAUUUAAACGCAGUGGGCUACUGAGACCAAAUCUCUCUCGCUCUCUGAAGCUCGCGUAGCUCAUGAUAUGGUCCAAAAUUACGAGGGUCAAUCUCUCUUGCGACCGUUGCAGAAAUUCUCAAAAAGAACUGGACAAGGAGGCUGGCAGCUUACGGUUAGGAACCCAGGUGGCUCAACAAUUGCAGUUAGGGAUGCUCGUCAGCCAAACUGGAGAUUGAUUGUCCCUGUAUUUGGCAACUACGAAUGGAGAUUCACCGAUCUGGAAACUGACCCCCAUGAGCAAGCUCUGCUGCUAUCAUAUGACUAUAAAGCCAAUUUGCGAAGCGUGGAGGCAAAAUUUGGAUCAUCAGAUGCGGCUAUGUGGGUGGAAGAAGCCGCUGCCGUUACCCGUGGGUGGACUGACGACAACUACAAGCGCUGGCGGUACACGGCACGAUCCACCUGUAUUCAGACGAUACAUUGAGUGUAUGAGCCUUGGUGGGCUCUUGGGAAGUUGACGGUGUAAGAUGCAUUCGUACUUAUGCAAAUGUGAAA